GCGUUUGGGGCGGAGCCUAAGAUGUGGGCGUGACCUGGGUUGAUUGACAGCUGUGCCUUAGGCAGGACUUGAGGUGAUUGACUUGGGCCGCGGUCCGGGCUAGGAUGAUGUCAGAGGCCCGGGGCGGGGACAGGGGGUGGAGCCUGAGUGGUAGGUGGAGCUUAGCAUGAGUGACAGAAAGCCUCCCUGGACCUGAGCCUUGUGGGCGGGGCAUCAGUAAUGCGCAAGGUCGAGGCCAUGCUGUGGGUUUGGCUAGGGUUUGGGCCUGAAGGUGGGUGUGGUCAGCUGGGGCCAGACAGGAAGUGGGCGGCGCAUGAGCGGCUGAUGCGUGCUGUGGGCGGAGCCUUCGUGAGAUUGACAGGUGUGACGUGGGCAGGGCCAAGGCUGACUGACACGGACCUCAGAGCCCAUAUGAGUGUGAGGGACUGUGAGGCCCCACUAUGCGCAGAUGACGUCACAACGGGCGGGGCUACACUGCCUGCACUCACUUGGGUUCCGAUGAUGUCAGCAUCAGUCAGCACAGGCCCCGCCCACCUCGUACCUGUCACUGGGCAGCAAGGUCUGUGUGUGGCCCCACUGUGUGCAGGAUGGUAAGGAGCGAAGCGGCCCCACAGCCUGGACGUCGGUAACGACACUCCGCCCCUGUGGCCCCACUGCACGCCCCGCCCUGCCUCAGGGGUUUCCCAACCCAAAGAUGAGGAAGUGGGAGCAAGGGACACAGGACGCUGCCCAGGCCAUCUCAGGCAUCCCCCUGCCUCAGCUGGGCCAUGAGCAUCAUUCCCCUGCCUCAGCUCCUCGCCCUGCUCUGCUGCUGCGGACUCGCUGCUGCUACUCAGGGCCCCACAGACCCGUCCACGCCCCCUAACCUAGGCCCCGCUCACUUCCACAACCUGACCUUCGACCCCGGGACCUGGACACUGAGCUGGGCCUGUGGCGGCCAUGAUGGGGCAGUGAUGUCGUGCACGGUGAUUGACCAGGAGGCAGGGAUCCGGCGCAGAGUGCGGUCCCGGGGCUGCGGCUGCCGGUUUCAGCCAAUGGAGCUACACCGCGGGGUCGACCUGGAGGUUGCAGGGGACAAAGGCCAUGACCACGUCCAUCAGACUCUGCGCUUCGAGAAUGAAGGUGCCCCAGGCUCCGGGGCAGAGAACCUGACCUGUGAGAUCCUUGCUGCCCACUUCCUGUGCUGUUAUUGGGCGGUGGGGCCGGCUGCACCCGAUGACAUCAGAUACUCACUGCGCGUGCUCAACGCCACUGGUCAUGAGGUCGCCAGCUGCUCCGCUGCCCCCGGAACCCCACCCACGCGUUGCCAGGCUGAUGAUCUCACACAUCUGCCCCGCCUCGCAUACAUCGUCGUCACUGGGCAGAGCCGGACAGGGCUGGUGCGGUUCCUGGAUGCCGUGGUCAACACCAAGGGCAUUGAGCGCCUGAGUCCCCCAGAUAACGUCUCUGCCUCCUGUAACUUCUCCCACUGCACCAUCACCUGGGCUCCGCCCCCUACCUGGGCGCCUAUGACGGAACAGGAUUUCCGCUUUGAGAUCGAGUGGAAGCCCUGCCCACCCCUUUCUUCCUCCACUCAGAAGGCGGAGCCCAGCAGCAUUGCCCAGAAGGUGGUUAUCGCAGGGCGCGAGGACAACGCCUUCGCCUUCCCCAGCCCCGCCCCCCGUGGCCGCCUCUGGGUCAGAGUUCGUGCAGGGGACACACGCAGUGAUCGGUGGAGCGACUGGAGCCCCGCCCUGGAGCUCGGCUCGGAUGCCACAACCCCGCCGCGGGCCCUGGUGUUGGCGGCGUCGAGCUGUGCAGCCCUGCUGUGUGCGCUGGCGCUGGGGGCAGCCUGCAGGAGACUCGCGCUCUCACGCCGCCUCCUCCCCCCCAUCCCCGGGAUCCGGGACCGCGUAUCUGAUGACGAGCGUGUCAACUCGGAGACGCUGAGGAAGGACCUGCUGCGGCCCUAGACCACGCCCACCGCUCCCCGUGACGUCGUUGGCUCAGUUAUGUCAUAGACAGGAAAUCUCGCCAUCCCACAAUGAUUGACAGCUCUCACAGGGAGUCCCGCCUCCGCUGGAACCAAUUGACAUCACGGACAGGAAUACCCGCCCCUGUGGCCCUGAUGGGCAGGUCCUGCCUGGCUCCCAUCCUCCAACUCUGACAUAAAUGCUGUCUCUACUGUG